CUUCUCUCACUCUCUUUCCCCUCCCUCCUUCCAACCCCCACCCCUUUUCCCCUCACAUCCUUGGAAGCAACAAUUAAGCAGCUCUGGGAUAAAACACACUGGCUGUGAGAGGACUGGGGCAUUGCUUCAAGAGAUGGCAAGGCAGCUAGCUGCAUCCCUCUUUCCCGGAGUCCUCCUCCUCCUCUCCAUCCUCCAGGCUUCUUGGCAAGGAGGGGUCCCUGGUGGUAUCCCUGGAGGGGGACUUCUAGGAGGAGGAUAUUACCCAGGAGCUGCUGGAGUAGGAGGCCUGGGAGCAGGUGGAAUAGGAGCUGGAGUAGGCCUUGGGGGUGCAGGGCUUGGUGCUGGAGGAAAACCUCCCAAGCCAGGAGUUGGAGGCCUUGGGGGAUUUGGGGCACUUGGUCUGCAACCCGGUGGUGUAGCUCAGCUGGGCUUGUACCCAGGGGGUAUCUACCCAGGUGCUGGGUCGGCAGCUUCCUAUAAAGCUGCUGCCAAAGCUGGUGCUGGCUUGGGCGGAGUUGGCACCAUUGGAGGAGUCAGUGGUGUUGGUGGCCUUGGGGUUUCCACAGGUGCUGUAGUGCCCCAGCCUGGGGUUCAGCCAGGAGCAGCUGCUGGAGUAAAACCCCCCAAAGUACCAGGUGUUGGGAUUCCUGGAGUGUUUCCAGGAGGCGUGCUUCCAGGGACAGGCCUCCGUUAUCCUGGUGUUGGUGUCCUGCCUGGUGUACCAACAGGGACUGGAGUCAAGCCAAAAGCCCCAGGAGCAGGUGGAGGAGCUUUUGCUGGAUUCCCUGGAUUUGGUGGCUUUGGAGGUCAGCAGCCUGGCGUCCCUCUGGGAUACCCUAUCAAAGCACCCAAGCUCCCAGGUGGCUAUGGGUUGCCUUACAGCACUGGAAAGCUACCCUAUGGAUAUGGACCUGGAGGGUUAGGAGGUGUAGCCGGCGCUGGAGGGAAGGCAGGAUACCCCACAGGAACAGGAGUUGGGGUGCAAGCAGCAGCAGCUAAAGCAGCAGCUAAAUAUGGUGCUGGUGCCCUGCCUGGUGCAGGUGGCAUUCCAGGAGUUGGAGGCUUGGUGCCCGGUGCUGGGGGGAUCCCUGGUGUACCAGGGGCUGCAGGCAUUGCAGGAGCUGGAGGCCCUGUAGCAGCAGCAGCAGCUGCAAAGGCAGCAGCAAAGGCAGCAGCCUAUGGUACUGGUGUCUUGCCUGGUACUGGUGCUGUUCCUGGAGUGGUGCCUGGUGUUGGGGGAGUGCCUGGUUUGCUGCCUAGCAUUGGAGGUGUCCCAGGAGCUGUGGGGGUGCCAGGAGCUGGAAGCCCAGCAGCAGCAGCAGCCGCCAAAGCAGCAGCCAAAGCAGCCAAGUAUGGAGCUGCUGGUAUUGGAGGUGUCCCUGGUGUUGGCGGUAUUCCUGGUGUUGGUGUUCCUGGUGCAAUACCUGGUGUUGGAGUUGUCCCUGGUACAGUGCCUGGAGUUGGAGGUAUUCCAGGAGCUGGAGUUACAAGCCCAGCAGCAGCUGCGGCAGCCAAAGCAGCAGCCAAAGCAGCAGCCUAUGGAGCUGGAGGGCUACCAGGGGCUGGUAUUGGUGGUGUUGGUGGCCUGGUGCCAGGUGGUGUUGGAGGUCUGGUGCCUGGUGUUGGAGGCGUAGGCGGCAUUGGAGGUGUCGGAGGUCCGGCAGCUGCAGCUGCCAAAGCAGCUGCCAAGGCCGCCAAGUAUGGCAUAGGUGGAGUGGGAGGCCUGGCACCUGGUGGUAUUGGAGGUCUGGCACCUGGUGGUGUGGGGGCCUUGGCUCCAGGAAUUGGUGGAAUUGGAGGACUGGGGCCUGGCGGGAUUGGUGGCAUUGGAGGACUUGGAGGUGUGGGAGCAGCAGCAGCAGCCAAAGCAGCCGCCAAAGCAGCCAAAUAUGGGCCAGGGGCUGGUGGAGUGCCAGGCAGAGUGCCAGGUGUAGUGCCUGGGGCUGGCGGGCUGCCAGGAGUGACACCUGGGGCUGGUGCAGUACCAGGCCUCGUGCCUGGUGGGGGAGUGCCAGACGGUGGCAUUUUACCUGGAGUGGGGAUUCCCCAGGUUGGGGUGCAACCAGGUGCCAAACUUCCCAAAUAUGGUGGCCUUGGCGCUGCUGGCCUUGGCGCUGCUGGCCUUGGUGCUGGCGGCCUUGGUGUUGGUGGCCUUGGUGCUGGAGGCAUCCCAGCAGGGGCUGCUGCUGGUCUGAAGGCUCUUAAAGCAGGUGUUGGGUUCCGUGGCUAUGGAGUUCCAGGGGGAGCUGGCAGAGGACUCAAUGGGCUAGGAACUGGGCUGCUGUACACAGGAGUCGGUGCUAAAGCUCCCAAAACAGGUUUCGGUGCUGGAGGCUUACAGCCAGGGGCUGUAUUUCCUGGCUUUGGUCUGUCUCCCAUUUACCCAGGUGGGGUUGGUGGCCAGCUGGGAUAUGGAGGAAAACCCCCAAAGCCUUAUGGUGGGGCACUUGGUGCUCUGGGCUACAGAGGUGGAGCUGGCUGCCAAGGGAAGUACUGUGGCAGGAAGCGGAAGUAACCACACCAGACUGCAUACCAUUAACCUCAUGAACUUUGGUGCUACUGCAUGGUGUAGGAUGUAAACCCUGAGGAAAGCAGAGAUCCCCCUCCCCUCCCUUCCCCCUGAGCCCCUGCUCCUUCCUCUGGGCCACUGUGCCCAGACACACCCUGGGAGGGAGCUCAAGAACCACUGACAUCCCCUGGCAUUUGCCCUAAGCCUGAGCAGCUCGUGCAGCGGAAGCAGGGCGCAUUCAUCCCUGGGGCUCCUCUCUCCCCAGCAGGAAGCAUGGAAUAAACUGAGGGGAGUGUUGUUCCCCACUGGUGCUAUAGCUCCUUGCAGGGAGAGUCCAGGCAGACCCACUGGCCAGGAAUGGGUGACAAAACCAACCCUGAGGAGGGAAGCCCCAGCUCUUUGGGGAGUGCCAAGCCUCAGGGGAAGGCUGGCUGGCUUCAGAGGGCAGUGAGGGGCUGGGCUCUCAACCUACUGCCACAGCAGGAGGCAAUGCCCAGAGUCAGCAGCCCAAAGACCAUUUUCUCUGAAGACUCUGCCCAGUUGGCAUUGCUGCCAUGUGCCGGGCCUAGUGGCUUCUCCCUCUGUUUUAGACACAGCUGUGAGGAAGUUCACUUAGAAACUAGCUAGCCUUGGGUAUAAUCUCCACCCUCACAACACCCUCCUGGGCCCAUAGUCUUAGGGUCUUAGGGUCCUAGGCUUGUGCUACAGGGUAGGGUUGGUGGUUCCUUGGAGGAGGGAAGGGGAAUUCCUCUUGCUCAGAAAUUCACAAUAACAUUGACCGCAGAGGAUCAUGGGUGGGUUAAAUUUUCCCAGAGUUCUUCGCGGUGGUGCCAUCUGAUGCCAUGGCCCUUCCCCUGGUGCUGGAAGAGGUAGCCCCCCCUCCCCCUCCCACCAGCAUGUGGGGAAGAGCUGGAGCUAUCAGCAGAGCCAAGUCAUGAACACUGACGGGAUUCGCUUUAAUCUACCCACCCCUGAGGCCCAGGGGACUGGUGUGCACUGGCCCAGCUCUUGCCUUGCCCAUGCCAGAACUUCCCCUCAGCAGUACUGUAUGGUCAGUCUGUGCCAGAGCAGUGCCCCCACCCCCACUGCAUUUCCUGUGGGCUCACUGUGCCCACUGUUCUCCUGUUGUUCUGGAUGCCUGUGUGUUACUGAGAGCUGUGGGCCAGGAAACAUUCUCACCUCUUCAUGUUACUCACUUUGAUAUAACUUGGAUGGGACACUUUAUAAAGAGGGAAAGUAACUGCUUCCAAACAGAUUAAUAAACAAUGACUUUUUAAAGGAA